UACUAUGCUGAAAUGGAAAGUUUGAGGGAGGAGGAUGAGAGACUUUUGGCCGUUUUCCUUUUAUAAUUAGGUUAACAGAGCAGUGAGAAACUGCGCAGGACGGAGUGUAUCAUGGAAUGAAUACGGUGGCUGUGUUUAUCCCGGCUUUCUUUCAGGACUUUCUGACUGUUUCUGCAGUUUGGCUGGAACUGGAAGGGUCUGAGGCGCAUCAGCAUGGCGGAGGGAGACGAGGGUUCGGCUGGAGAAUGGAAGGAGAAGUACAUGGCUCUGGAGGCUCUACUCUUCAAGUUCAGAGGGCAGAUGAGUGUGAUUCGGGAACUCACAGCAGAAAAAAUGCAGCAGUUGGAGUCACAGGUUUUGGAGGCAGAGCGGCGAGCAAGUGAGGCAAACCAACAGGUGCAGUGGAUGGAGGAGCGUCUGAAGGCUGCAGAUGUGCAGUCCAGUGACUCUGAGCUGAGGCUAUUCAGACGCUGUCAGGACCUCCAGGCUGCUCUGCAGGAGAAAGAGGAGCUCAUUACUGCCCUGGAGCAGCAGCUGGAGGAACAGAAACAGAGCCGAAUCCAAGAUGCCAAGGCUGUAGAGGAGAAAGCGGCAAAGAUCAAGGAGUGGGUGAUGCGGAAGCUGAAUGAGUUUGAAGCAGAAAAUGCCUCCCUGAGGGAAACGAACCAGCAGCAGGAGACUCAGAUACUGGAACUGAAGAGACAGAUUCAAGUCCUGGAGCAGGCCGUCAGAGCCCACACCAAACCCGGAGAGGCCCAGCGGCUCAGCAGCCUGACCUUCGGCUGCUUCCAGGUCAGAGGGAAGAGCCUUCAGGUGCUGACAGGUCCAGUGCCAGCUCAGAAGAGCAACAGCAGCAUGGGUACACACCACACGCACAUGGACUGCAGGAGACCGUCCACCGACCAUGGCAUUAAACAGACUUCUGAGGCAGAGAACGGGACUCCCAGUUGUAGAACAGAAUCAGAGGAGGUGAAGGAGGGUGAUGCUGUGAGUGGUGCUCUGUCUUGUGACGUCUCCUCCAUCCUGUCCAGCGCGGCCUCUGAUAGUGAAGCAGUUGCGUGCAGCGGCCUGGAGCUCAGUCGACCCACCAGUGAAACGUACCUGACCGCCUCCGAUGACAGCAGCUCACUCUUCGAUGAUGACAUGCAGCGGGCGGGCGGCCCCUCCUUCUGCCUCCCAGGAACAGACACUGUGGCCACGAUCAAAGGUUGCAAAAAGGCAGACCUCGAGGACAUCUGCUCAGAUGAGUUGAAUAAACGCUUCCAGUCACAGUGCCUUAAUUCUUCGUCCUCUUCCAGCGAGGCCAACACCCCGAGCCCUAUCCUGACCCCUGCACUUACCCCAAAGCGCCCCACACCUUCGCAGGACAUCCAGGACACACCUGCUUCUCCCAAGCAGCCUCGACUGCGGACCCCCAACGCCUUUAACGUUAGCAUAACGGUAGCUAAGAAGCACCUGAGUCAGCCUCAGCUGUGCAGUGAAGCAGCCCAUGGAAGAAGCCGCAACGCUAUCAGCAUGCUGCGGCCACUGAAGCCCCAGGAGACUGACCUGGACCUGGAGCAGGAGAUGGAAACCAGUGAAGGGUCAUCUCAAGCCCAAGCGGAGGAGCAGACGACGCCUGAUGCUUCUGCUGCCAUGCAAGGAAGCAAGCCUCCCACCCCUCCACUGCACAGGUUUCCCUCUUGGGAGAGCCGAAUAUACGCAGUGGCCAAAUCUGGAAUUCGGCUGUCGGAAACAUCUUGUGCAGAUUUGGCUAAUAAAGACUCCUCCCACCCAUCCUCAUACCCUGCCUUCAUGCUCUACACAUCUCUCAUCUACAGGAACAUGAACACACCUGUCUACACCACAGUCAAAGGGAGGGCGGCAUUGCUAAGCAGUAGUCAGUUGUCAGAAGAGUCGUCCAGCUCUGAGGAGGACGAGAGUUCUGAGGACUGUCUUUCAAACUCAGGUGAAGAGGAGAGUGGCUCGUACACCUCUGGCUCCAUAUCCGGCAAAGCCAGCAGCCAUGACAGCCCCCGCUCUCUCAAGAGAGCUGUGUCACUGUCCUCGAUGGCGUCUGAGAGUGAUUACGCUAUUCCACCGGAUGCCUACUCUACUGAUACAGAGUGCUCUGAGCCUGAGAACAAACUGCCAAAGACCUGCUCAUGCAGCAGUGACAGUGGCAAGAGUGAGCCCAUGGAAAAGUCUGGAUACCUGCUGAAGAUGGUGAAGACCUGGAAGAAGACAUGGAAGCGCCGUUGGUUUGUCCUGAAAGAUGGAGAACUGCUGUAUUACAAGUCACCGAGUGAUGUCAUCCGCAAACCCCAAGGCCAGAUUGAGCUCAGUGCGUCCAGCACCAUUGCCCGUGGGGACGGCAAGCAAAUGCUUCAGGUGGUGACAGGAAAGCGUGCGUAUAAUCUGAAGGCAGACUCUCCUAACCUGCUUGAGGAGUGGCUGAGGGUCCUGCAGUGUGUGCUGAGGGUUAAAGCAGCCAGUCCGCUUUUCACCCAGCCUGAUGUCCGGCCAACCAUGAGGGGAUACCUGAUGAAGGUAAAGCAUGGCUAUUCUAAACAGGUGUGGUGUGCACUCAUUGGGAAGACACUGUACUACUUCAGAUGUCAAGAGGACAAGUUCCCUCUGGGUCAGAUCAGGAUGUGGGAGGCACGUGUUGAAGAAGUGGACCAGUCAUGUGACUCAGAUGAGGACAGUAAGAAGGAGCAGAGUGGGCCGUCUACACACUCCGCCAUCUCCAUCCAGCCCCUAAACCAGGCCCCUACUUACUUGCUUAUAGACUCCCAGCAUGAGAAGGCAGCGUGGCUUUAUCACUUGUCAGUGGCAGCGGGUGCCAACAUGGGGACAGUGGGGACAGAGUUUGAGCAGUUGGUUGGCAAACUGCUCGCUGUAGACGGUGACCCAGGCUCUCAGGUGUGGAGGCAUCCCAUGCUGUGCUUCAGUAAGGAAGGCCUAACUUCCCCCAUAACCACCCUGCCAUCACAAGCCCUACAGACUGAAGCCAUCAAACUUUUUAAGACAUGCCAGCUCUUCAUCAACGUGGCCAUUGACACUCCAGCCAUAGACUACCAUGUGACACUGGCCCAGUGUGCUCUACAGGUGUGUCUCACACAUCCUGAGCUGCAGAAUGAGAUCUACUGCCAAGUCAUCAAACAGACACGCAGGAGGCAGCCCCACGGCCAGCCAGGCCCGCUGCAGGGUUGGCAGUUCCUGGCACUGUGUGUGGGUCUGUUCUUGCCUCAGCACCCCAUUCUCUGGCUUCUUCAAGUCCACCUCAGAAAGCAUGCUGACUCUAGGACAGAGGUGGGGAAGUAUGCCAUCUACUGCCAGCGCUCAGUGGAGAGAACUCAACAGAAGGGUGAUCGACAGGCCAGGCCCUCUCGCAUGGAGAUCCUGUCCAUCUUACUGAGGAACCCGUACCACCACUCCCUGCCCUUCAGCCUGCCUGUGCACUUUCUUAACAACACUUACCAGGUCGUUGGUUUUGAUGCCUCCACCACAGUGGAAGAGUUCCAGAACCGUCUGAAUCAGGACACUGGCAUGAGAAAGACAGGCCAGUCUGGCUUUAGUCUCUACUCCGAUGACCCCACCGGCCAAACCUUGGAACACUACCUGCAGGGCAGUUUGAAGAUUUGUGACAUCAUAUCUAAAUGGGAGCAAGCCUGUAAGGAGCUUCACACAGGCAAAUCUGAGAACACCAGGACUGUUAAACUCACCUACAAGAACAGGUUGUACUUCUCCCAGCAGCUGAGAGGAGAAACAGAGAGAGAGCGCCUGCUUUUGGCCUAUCAGACUAAUGAGGAGAUUGCAGCGGGUCACUUUCCUGUAAACAAAGAACUCGCCUUAGAAAUGUCUGCACUGCUUGCUCAGGUGGAGUUUGGAGACUUUGAGCAGCCGUUCUCCAAUGCAGCUGGCUCAGGUUCUGGACAGGCUAAAUCUAAGCAGACUCUCAAACAGGUUCUAGAGCGCUUUUACCCUAAGCACUACAGACGGGCCUGCUCAGAUGAGCAGCUGAGCCAGUUAGGUCAGAGGCUCUCAGCUCGGUGGGCAUCGCUGAGGGGCCGGAGCACCUCAGAGUGUGUGCGGAUUUACCUGACUGUGGCUCGCAAGUGGCCUUUCUUCGGAGCCAAGCUGUUUGAGGCUGAGCCCUUGUCAUCCUGUUCUCAGCAGAAUGCACACGUGUGGCUAGCAGUGCAUGAGGACGGACUGAGCGCGCUGGAAUUCACCUCCAUAAAACUCCUGGCGUCCUACUCCCAUAAGAACAUUGUAAUGUUUGGAGGCUGUCGUCAGGACUUCAUGCUGGUGGUGUCUCAGGGCUCUGCUUCCAACACUGUCAGAGACAAGCCUACAGAGAAGCUCUUGUAUGCUAUGAACCCGUCUAAGAUUCAGGAGUUGACCUUACUCAUGGCCAGCUACAUCAACAGCGCCCACCAGCAGAAGUCGGCAGCCCACCAUCUCUCAGCCCCAGCCUUGCUUCUGGCCCAGACCCAAGUCGGAGAGCAACGUAGCAAAUCCCCUCCUGCGGCCUCCUCCAGACCCAGCAAAGCUCCCACACUGCUGUGAUGCUCCUUUCAGUGGAGCGUCGCUCUACGCACCCAUGGUCCCCAACCCACAUCUUGAAGAUUUCACCUCUAAUACAUCCAGCUAAUGUCCAGCUAAUCAAUGUCCUCUGAAAACAAUUAUCAGAUGGAUUGGGUGUAGUAGAUAAGGUAACCCAGAAGCAGGUUGA